AUGGCGAUCGCUCUAACAACGCGCCAGGCAGUGCUAACACGUGCAGUCAACCGACUAACAGCUAACUUGAAGAAAUGCGAAGACUUGGGAAAAAUGGUUCUGGAAUUCCCACUAGAGGACGAUAGGAGAAGGGUGUAUGUGGCAACCAAACGAACGGAGCUGUGCAAGUGGAAGUCAAUUCUGGAGGUGGAAGUUUCCAAUGUCGCACGUGCGCUGGACCAUUACAGUUCUGCUGCUGAUGGGCUGGAUCCGCAAACCCCGUCACUGGACGAUAUACUCCAGAAGGUAAACGCCAACGUAGAGACCACGGCGCAGCAUAUGGACACGGCGUAUUCGACAUUGACGACUAUUGAAAUGUUCCUCAAAGAAUUCGACAAUGACGCGAAGAAGCACAUGGACACGGUUUCCAACAGAUCUCCUGAUGUUCCACCAAUGAACCUGGCACCUAUUCCUAUUCCGAAGUUCAGCGGACGCGUUUGGGAAUGGGAUACAUUCUGGGGGGCCUUCGAACAUUCCGUGCACUCACGCCAGAUGGACGAUCUGUACAAACUCAAUUAUCUCUUGGAUGCGCUCCAAGGGGAAGCGAGGGAAACAGUGAAACAGUACCAAAUCUCGAGAGAAACGUAUCCGCUUGUCGUUGAACAUCUGAAACGAAGGGACGGUGAGACCCAAGUGCUGGUCGAUCAGAUGAUACCCAGAGGCCUGCAAAGUCCUAACGAGCGACUGAAAGCGACCGCCUAG